AUGAAGACAAGGAUAUUGAGAGUUCCACAGGGCAAGGACCCAGGGUGUUUCACAUCGUCAGACAGUCUCGACACCUGGGAAGUCUCAACGGACCCGUCUGUGCAGGACACCAUCGAGCCCCUGCGCGAAGCAGCCGCCCUCCUCCAGCAGAGCGACAUCCCCGUCGCCUUCCCCACAGAAACAGUCUACGGCCUCGGCGCAGAUGCGACACGCAGCGGGGCCGUCAAGGGCAUCUAUGCAGCCAAGGGCCGGCCCUCAGACAACCCGCUCAUCGUGCAUGUGUGCGACCUAGACAUGCUCCGCGGCCUGCUACGACCCACCCACGCCGCAACAAACGGCACAAACGGCGCGGCGACGAGCAAUGGCCACCUAAUCGAGGGGGAGGACCAGGACCAGGACCAGGAGCAGGACCCCAUCCCGCCCAUCUACAGGGCGCUCCUGCGCCGGUUCUGGCCGGGCCCGCUGACGGUCCUGCUGCCGAACCCGGCGGGGUCCGCGCUCGCGCCCGAGGUGACGGCGGGGCUCGCGACGUUCGGGGCGCGCAUGCCGGCGUCGGCGCUGGCGCGCACGCUGAUCCGGCUGGCGGGCGCGCCGCUCGCGGCCCCCUCGGCCAACGCCAGCACCAGGCCCAGCCCCACGGCGGCGCGGCACGUGCGGGACGACCUGGACGGGCGGGUGGAGCUGGUGCUGGACGGCGGGGCGUGCGGCGUCGGCGUCGAGAGCACCGUCGUCGACGGGCUGUGCUCGCCGCCCGUGGUGCUGCGGCCCGGCGGCGUCAGCGUGGAGGAGCUGAGGGCCGUGGAGGGCUGGGAGGGUGUCGUCAAGGGGUACAAGGAUGCUAGUGAGGUUGGUGAGGCGGGCGUUGGCCCCCGCGCGCCGGGGAUGAAGUACAAGCAUUACAGCCCCCGGGCGAGAGUGGUUCUGUUCGAGGCCCGGACGGGCGCGAGGGGCGAGGACGUCCUGCGAGAACUGAAGAGGGUCGAGGGGCCUAGGGAUGUGGUUGGUGUUGUCCGCACGCAUCGGUGGGAGAGGCUGCCAGGGCAUGAGGUCGGGACAGAAGAAGGGGAGGCAGACGGGGAGGCGGAUCUGAGCUACGAGAUACAUACGUCUGUCAUAGACGGGUCAAGGGUGCUUGAUAUCAGUCUCGGUCUGGACAGCAGGUCAGUGGCACAGGGCCUGUUCUCGGCGCUGAGGGAAUUGGAUAGAAAAGGAGCGGACGUCAUAUUCAUCGAAGGCGUUGAGGAUAGAGACGACAUCGCGGCAGCCGUCAUGAACCGCCUGCGCAAGGCGGCUUCGGAGAUUAGAGCAUAG